AUGUAUACCAUAGGUUAUAGACAGCUUGUUCUGAGGUCACUUAGGGCUUCAUCCAUCAAGACAAGGGUGUGGUCUAAAGUACCUCAUGUAAGACCUCAAUCCUAUGCACCAUUCUCCAAUUUGGCCCCUUUACACUUGCAUGCUACUCCAGUAGCGAAACUACUCUCAUCAAAGCAACCUAGUACAACUCCAGAGAAGGCAAUUGUAAGCCAAAAGGCCAUAUCUCCCCCAACUUCAAAUGGCAAUGGUCAGAAGCAGUCAAAGGCGCCCACAAUGUCAGAGUUAAAAAUACUUAGAGACCUUUUCAAGUACAUUUGGCCGAAUGGUGAUAACAAGGUGAAAACUCGAGUGCUUAUCGCUCUUACCCUUUUAAUUGGUUCAAAAUUAUUGAACGUUCAGGUUCCCUUUUUUUUCAAACAGACCGUUGACUCCAUGAAUAUCGAAUGGACGGAUGCAUCUACUGUAUUACCCAUUGCGAUAACUUUGACUAUUAUAUCAUACGGAGCUGCAAGGUUUGGCUCGGUUCUUUUUGGCGAACUAAGGAAUGCCAUUUUCGCUAACGUUGCUCAGAAUGCUAUCCGAAAGGUCUCGCUGCAAACUUUCAACCAUCUCAUGAAACUUGAUCUUGGUUGGCAUUUAAGUCGGCAAACGGGUGGUUUGACUAGAGCUAUGGAUAGAGGUACGAAGGGUAUAUCAUAUGUUUUAAGUGCGAUGGUAUUCCACAUAAUACCUAUAUCUUUCGAAAUUUCUGUUGUUUGUGGUAUUCUCACCUAUCAAUUUGGAGCUUCCUUCGCAGCGAUGACGUUUGCUACGAUGCUCCUGUACUCAAUCUUUACUUUCAAAACUACCGCUUGGAGAACCGAGUUUAGAAGAUCAGCCAACAGAGCUGACAACAAAGCAGCAAGUGUGGCAUUAGACUCGCUCAUUAAUUUUGAAGCUGUAAAGUAUUUCAAUAAUGAGACAUACUUGGCAGAGAAGUACCACAAAUCUUUGACCAGCUACAGGGACUCUCAAGUUAAAGUAGCCCAGUCUCUAGCCUUUCUGAAUGCAGGUCAAAAUUUAAUCUUUACAUCAGCUUUAACUGCUAUGAUGUACAUAGGCUGCAAUGGUGUAAUGACAGGCGCUUUCACUGUUGGUGACCUGGUGCUCAUCAAUCAGUUGGUAUUUCAAUUAUCCGUUCCUCUGAACUUCCUAGGUAGUGUUUAUAGGGAGUUGAAGCAAUCUCUGAUAGACAUGGAAUCCCUUUUCAAAUUGCAGAAAAACAAAGUCAGUAUCAGAAAUGCAGAAAAACCGCUCAUGCUUCCAGAGCACAUCCCCUGUGAGAUCAAAUUUGAAAAUGUUUCCUUUGGAUACGAUCCGCAAAGAUUGAUUUUGAAUAAAGCAUCUUUCACUAUUCCUGCCGGGUGGAAAACUGCAAUAGUAGGUCCUUCUGGAAGUGGGAAAUCUACCGUUCUAAAGCUGGUAUUCCGGUUUUAUGACCCGCAAGAAGGCCGUAUUCUAAUUGACGGUAAAGACAUUCGGGAGCUAGACAUCGAAUCUCUUCGAAAAGCUAUUGGCGUGGUCCCCCAAGACACUCCUCUUUUCAAUGAUACCAUCUGGGAGAAUGUAAGAUUCGGAAAGAUAUCCGCAACGGAUGAGGAAAUCAAGAAAGCUAUCGUCAAGGCUCAACUCGAAUCACUGAUUGAAAAACUACCUAAAGGACGCGAAACAGUAGUAGGAGAGAGAGGACUGAUGAUAAGUGGUGGAGAAAAACAGCGGCUAGCUAUUGCUCGUGUUUUACUGAAAGAUACCCCCAUCAUGUUUUUCGACGAGGCUACGAGUGCUCUUGACACUCACACUGAGCAAGCUUUAUUGAAAACAAUCAAGGAGAACUUUGCGGGCCGCACCAAGACUAGCAUUUACAUUGCACAUAGACUGAGAACAAUAGCUGAUGCGGAUAAAAUCAUUGUUUUGGAAAACGGACAGAUCAGAGAAGAAGGAAGACAUACCGAAUUACUUUCCAGACCAAAUUCCCUUUACAAAGAGCUCUGGAAUAUCCAGGAGAACUUGGAAAUGUUGGAAGAAGAACUAGACCAAGAAAUGAGAAACGAGGUAAAAAGAGAAAUGUAA